UCUCCAGAUUCUUGUGGGUUGUGGCUUGGAGGAUCCCACUCUCCUCCGUCCUCUCCAGCUUCUCCAGUAGAGCGGGUGAACUUGCAGAACUCUGACUACAAGUCGCCUGAACGUCGUUCCUCGAUACUGCGAAAAAAGAAACGAGCCGAUUCUUUCCCAGCACCCCAGAAACGGGAAGGCCGAAAGGUUGUUCGUUUCGCAGAUGCAUUAGGACUAGACCUCGAGAGUGUUCGCUAUAUGGUGAAAAGCGAUCUUCCGCCUUCAAUACCACAGUCAGCGUUUUCAGACCUGCGACGUCCUCAGCUGUCUCUUUCAUCGCCUUACGACAUUGAGUUGGUUCCAAAUUUUACCAUGCCUUCUUUGUCUUCGGACUUUGAGAACCGCGUUCGAGAACAGACAGUCAGCCUUCACAGCGUCUCCACGGCCGACACUACAGUGUACGGUAUUGUUGCAUUGAUGAACUUGACCUUCCAUAAGAAUGUAUUCAUACGCUAUACAGUGAAUAACUGGAACAGUCAUCACGAUGUUAACGCCUCUUAUAUCCAAGGGUCAACUGAUGGUGAGAUAGACAAGUUUGCUUUUAACAUCUUUGCUAAUCCCCAGGAUCUUUCCAGCCAAAGUCACAGCCUUGACUUUGCUAUAUGUUACGAAACUCAAGACGGAAGAGAAUUCUGGGAUAACAACAACAAUCUCAACUAUAGUUUAAAGAGCAAGGCGAAGCACCAGUCCUUUGUCUCCACUAACAACCACAGCUGGGUGCAUUUCCUCUGAAUUCACGUUCCAAUCCAUUACAUGCAAAUCUCAAUAGAAAUAAGUAAUCUUUAGUAGAUACAUACUUUUUACAAUGUGUAAACAUAGUGGAAUGUGUAUAGUUAUCUCUACUAGAGGGAGAUGGUGUAGUGUCAUGCUUUAUUGGUUGAUUUUUUUAAAUCCACGUACGCUUUGGCUAUGACGUUACUUUAUUUUCGCCACCGUGUUGUAUGAAAACAUAUUUACCUCUGCGCACUUUGUAAAAGUGCCAAAAUAUUUUUAAGUUUGAUGCACAUGGCAUGCUGAAGAAUCAAUCUACUGACGUUAAGAGCUGGGUUGAAGUUUAAACUUUGUGAAGGGAGGGUAUUUUUGUCCUGUUUUAUCCAUAAUGUCAGUGUGAGUUGAAAGUAUAUAUUUGAUUAUAACUUAGUAUUAUUAGCUUUUGAGCACGAAGUAGUCAGCCAUGUAAAUAUAUAUAUAGAUUUGCUCUGUACUAGUCCGUUCCAAAGCGUUAAGCGCUUAUUAUCUAACCUAUAUAAAAGCCAGUGUGUGUCACGUCACGCUUGAUUUAUCGAAAUAGAAGUCAUAAAAGCCAAAAUGCCCAUCAUGAUUUUAGUGACGGGGAUGCAAGGGGGCUGUGAGGAGGUGUGGUACCUUGAAACCUUACAAGUGUAGUGAAUGUUGGUAUAAUACUAAAGUAAAUAUGUAGUGUGUGUGUGAUCACCAAGCCUAGAGCCAAGUG